CCUUGCUUCGAGAGUGUCGUGUGCCUAGUCCGGUUUCGAAAAUAUAGAAAAAAACAUAAUUUUUUCAUCAAAAUUAUUUGUUGUGAUUCGUGUCUAUUGUUUCAUGUUCGUGAAUUUAGUUGUUGAAUAGUCAUUCUAUGCGAUAGAUUCCGAAUACUCCGUUUAACAAAAGGCAAAAUAAUUAAAAAAUCAUUUUUUUGGUGCACACGAAAUUUGCAGUCGUAACUAAAUUGGUCCGAGCAGGCAGAUAGAUAAUAGAUAAUAAUUAAGAUUUAUUAGAUACCACCGAGUAUGAACAAGCUGCGAAAUGUUGUGAAGACCGUUGUCCAGAGUCGCCUGCCGCAUGUGAUCCAAAUUAGACAUGCCUGCGGUGGUGAAUCGAAGGUCUCCAAGGGUCUGGUGAUUGGUCUUUACCAGAAAGAGGGCGACAGGGAUCCCAAAUUAACCCCAGCUGGCGAAAAGGUCAACGAUCGUCUGCAUGGCAAACUGACGGAGCUGAUUUGCGAGUCCAAAAUCUCGGGUCGUUUGGGAAGGGGCAAGGUGUUCAACAACAUAGAUCCCGAAUUUCGCAGUCUGGCUGUGGUUGGCGUCGGUCUCGAGGGCAUUGGCUUCAACGAACUGGAGAUGUUGGACGAGGGCAUGGAGAAUGUCCGUGUGGCGGCUGGGAUUGGAGCCCGUUCGCUGCAGGAGAUUGGCUGUUCAGAGGUCUUUGUCGAUGGCAUGGACUAUGCCGAACAGGCGGCCGAGGGUGCCGUCCUCGCCAUUUGGCGGUAUUGCGACAUGAACUCUAAGAGGAAACCCCCACACAUCCCCAAACUGGAGCUGUUCGAUUCCCCCGACUACGACAGCUGGACCCGGGGUGUCUUUAAGGCCGAGGCCCAGAAUCUGGCCCGCAGGAUGUGUGACACGCCAGCGUGUUGCAUGACGCCCACUCUUUUCGCCCAGGCCACCGUGGAUGCCUUGUGUCCUUGUGGCAUCACCGUGGAGAUCCGCACCAUGGAGUGGAUUGAACAGCAGCGACUGCACUCCUUCCUGAUGAUCGCCAAGGGCAGCUGUGAGCCACCCGUCCUGAUGGAGAUCACCUAUUGCGGCACCAAUCCGGAGGAUAAGCCCAUUCUGUUCCUGGGCAAGGGCAUCACCUUCAAUUCGGGGGCCAUCAAUCUGAGGCCAUGCAGCGGAAUGGAUGAGUACAGGGCCUGCAUGUCGGGAGCGGCAGCUUGUGUGGCCAUGAUGCGGUGUUGUGCGGCACUAUCCUUGCCCAUCAAUGUCUGCUGCAUCAUCCCGUUGUGCGAGAAUAUGCCCUCGGGAAUGGCCUGCAAACCGGGCGAUGUGGUCACCCUGAUGAAUCACAAAUCCAUGGCCGUGCGAGAUCUGGACAAGGCUGGAGUGGUGGUGAUGGCGGAUCCAUUGCUCUAUGGACAGAGCACCUAUAAGCCCCGUUUGGUGGUGGAUGUGGCCACCAUGGGUGAGGGUGUGAAGAAGGCUUUUGGCGGCGGUGCCACUGGCAUAUUCUCCAAUUCCCACUAUAUCUGGAAGCAGUUCCAAUCCGCGGGAGCCCUCACUGGCGAUCGGGUGUGGCGAAUGCCGCUGUGGAACUACUACAAGAAACAGAUCACCGAUGAAAUGGGCUACGACAUCAGCAACGAUGGCCGAGGAUUGGCGAGUUCCUGCUUGGCGGCCGCCGUACUCCACGAAAUGGUCCCCUGCGUGGAUUGGGCCCAUCUGGACACCCGGGGCACUGGCAUGCUGACAAAGUUCGGACUGAUACCCUAUCUCACCAGCAAAUACAUGACGGGACGGCCCACCCGAACCCUGGUGCAGUUCCUCUACCAAAUGGCCUGUCCCGCCAACCAAAAGUGAAGAAGGAUUUAAGAAGCAGUCGGCGGUGACCGACCUGAAUCAAAUCGAAUCGAAGUCUGCAUAGCGAAGAUUUUUACUGGAUAUGUGUAUUGACGAGUCCCUUUGUCAGUGUAAAUGUUUUGUGAGCCGUCAUGUGUAGUACCUUAUUAUCUGCGAUUCCUGUAAAGUGUCCGAAGUUGUCCAAAAUUUGUCAUUAUGUAAGAGUAUGUAAAAUACAGAUUUUUGAAUUUUAAA